GGGACACCCCUUUUCUCUCCUCCACGCAGCGUUCGUUCGUUCUCCAGAUGGUUGGGCUGCGUGCCAUAGCUCUUCUUUGGUGGCUGGGCAGCAGCACCGUGGCCCAGAACUGUACCGAGGAUGCCAAAAUGCUGCAUGAUGCUAUCGGCAAGUUGGAGGCCGACGGCACCCUCACAAAGCCCUUCAUGUGGGGCACUGCUACGGCCGCCUAUCAGGUGCGUCCGCGAGUGGCUUGCGCGGGUGGCUUCUGGUCGUUGAGAUGAGAAUGGUUGGGUCACGUGUGUGUGGGUGUGGGUGUGUGUGUGCAGGUUGAGGGAGGUUGGAAUGAGGGCGGCCGAACACCGAGCCACUGGGACACAUUCACACACAGCAGGGGGAUGGCAAACGUACGCAAGCUGCAUCGCUUAUAGGCCCACCACACGGACACACAGACGUCGACGCAUUACAUGAUUGAUUCCUUUCUCUGUCUGUCUGUGUCUGUCUGUCUGUCUGUGUCUGUCUGUGUCUGUCUGUCUGUCUGUGUCUGUCUGUCUGUCAAUGUGUGUCUGCAGGCGGAUGUGGCUUGUGACUUUUACCACAAGGUGCGUCCAAGGGCGGGGAAGCGACCGACAGCGAGAGAUGCGUGCAUGGGUGUGUGUCUGUGCAGUACCCGGAGGACAUCCAGCUGAUGAAGCGGCUUGGCUUCACACAUUUUCGGUACUCCAUCAGCUGGUCACGUGUGAUGAACGGCAAAUUGAGGAACGAACAAGGUACGUACGGCACGCACAUGCCACCAGUGGUGUGUCUGUGCUGAUCUCUUUGUUGUGUGCUGAUGAAUGUUGGGUGCAGGCAUUCAGUUUUAUCGCACGCUGACGCAAGAGCUGCUGGCGAAUGGUAUUGAACCAGUCGUCACGCUCUACCACUGGGACCUGCCUGCGUGAGCAUGACACCCGCGCUCCGCCCACCAUGCCUGAUCGGCUUUCGUCUGUGUGCCGUCUGAUGGUCUCAGCCACUACGACUGGCGCGAAGAGAGUGUAGUGGAGGCGUUCGCGGACUUUGCCGACAUGAUGUUCUCUGAGCUCCCUGAUGUCAAAUACUGGAUCACGGUGAGGUCAGGCAGGCCAGGCAGGCCCCGAGGGCGAGGACACAGCUUGUGACCGACCAACCAUGCUAAACCUGUCCGUCCAUGUAUUGUAUGCUUUCCAUCCAAUUGUAUGCUUUCCAUCCAUCCAGCUCAACGAGCCGUGGGUCUUUUGUUUCCAAGGAUAUCACUUCGGCUUACGUACGUACUACGGGAUGUGUUGUGUUAACACAUCACACGCAUGGAAGGAAGGACACAUAUAUGGCUCUGUGUGCCCGUUCAGACGCGCCUGGUGCACCCGGGUCUGAGAAAGUCAGUGAUAUGCUCCAUUGCGGCCAUCACGCCCUCCUCGCACACGCCAGGGUGAGUGCGAAAGGACACACACAGAGAGGGAUGACAGACAGCCACCGACAGACGUAACACGCAUUUGUGUUGCCUGGCACUCUUGCAGGCUCAUGGCAUUUGGAAGGAGAGAUACGCCCCCAGUCGGCCGGAUGCACAGCUGGGAAUCACGCUCAAUAGUGACUGGUUUGAGCCUCUCGAUAGCAAUAGUGCAGCAGACCGGGCUCUUUCCGACAAGAAGGUGGACCUGAUGCUGGGCUGGUUCGCCGAGCCUGUAUGUGUGGGAGGGCUGACAGGCACACAAAUAUAGAGACAGACAGACAGACCGCCAUUGUGGUUGCGUGUGGUCAUCAGAUAUACGGCUUAGGCGAUUAUUCAGCAAACGUGAAGGGCUACUUCGGCGGGGCGUUGCCUGUCUUCACAGAGGAAGAGAUCGCCGCUGUGAAGGGCUCCUCUGAUUUCUUUGGCCUCAAUCACUACACGUCCUCGUAAGUGACACACGACACCCAGAGAGAGAGACGACAUGACACACGACACAUCACGCCCACAUGAUUGCAUUGUGCAGGUUCGUCGACUCCACGAGGGGAGAGGGCUUCGAGGCAGAAGUGAGGGCCAGACACGGGGCUCCCAUCGGUGCCAAGGCCGGCUCGGAUUGGCUAUAUAUCGUCCCGUGGGGCUUCAACCGCCUUCUGGCAUACAUCAAACGACGAUGGAAUCCCAAGUCCAUCAUCGUGACAGAGAACGGUCAGCUGCGCCUGCGUACCAGAUGAGGACACACUGACUAAGCUCUCUUGUGCAUCCAUGCAGGAGUGUCUGAUCAUGACAGUGGCGACGGCGACGUAGCUUCUCUGAUCAACGACCACGGCAGGGUCAAGUUCUAUCAAGACUACCUGACAGAGAUGGCCAAGGCGAUCCUAGAGGACGACGUUCCCGUCGUGGGCUACUUUGCCUGGACGCUUUUGGAUAAUUGUCAGUAUGCAGACAAAGACAUACCAUACACACAUACAUUCAUUCAUUGAAUAAAUGUGUGCUGUGCUGUUUGUUUAUACAGUCGAAUGGGAUAAGGGAUAUGUGGAGCGCUUUGGUCUGGUGUAUGUCGACUUCACCGAUCCGGGCCGCCGCAGAGUGGUGAAACAGAGCGCUGAAUACGUCGGGUGAGUGCGUUGACAUGGCAGCACAGAGGACGCGUAUAAGUAACCAUUUACGCAUACGAGUCUCGCCUUUGCGUUUGUAAUGAAUGCAGAGGUUUGAUGGCUCAGGCCGACUCGUGUCGCUGACUGAGAGGCCACGUCGGCGUAUAGGAGCGGACGGUGCAGAUAUAUCGAUGAGAGGGGCGGCAUCGUCUGCCUGUCUGAAAGCUGUUUCUUGUGCUAUGCGCUGCCAAGUUUGCAUGCACAAUUUAGUCUGUCUCACUCACUCACUCACUCUCUCUCUCUCUCAUCUGUCAGUGCAUUCACGUGUGGGCGAUGCAUGCCAUUGUAUGUAUGGGGUGGGUUGUGCUAGUGCAUGCAAUUUUGAAAGCCAGCCGCAGAUGAAUGCUAGUUGUGCGAGCUUCGAAGCAAUCAGAGGGAGCCGUCCCACUGAUAGAGCCGUGCUACCCUACCUAUCUGACGACAUCCUACAGUAUGUCUAUCAAUCAUCCCCCCACCCAUCUGUCCGUAUGGAUUUUGCCAGCUGUUUAUCAUGGGCCAUGAUAGUCCCAAUGGGAUGUGACGGAGACAAUGGGAGACAGAGAGACGCCACUUGCAUUUGCGUCCCCUGCCUGCCCAGAGAUCAUCGCACAUAUUGUGCUGUCACAGUGCUAUGUUACGUCUACGCGAGAGAGACAUACAGAGAUGCAAACUUCAGUGGCGGAAAGAUCAGUCACGUGCCUUCAUCAGGGGCUUCGGUGCAUGGCCAUGGUGAAUGAAUGAGUUGACGGACACAGGUGAAUGGCAAUGUUGAAUGAUCAUCAUGAACGGGCUGCACACAGUGAAUGAUCAUGAAUGGCCAAG